CCUCCAAGCCAAUCUGGUGGUGUGCGGAGUUACGGGAACACUGAGAACAUACGCUCCUACAUUAUUGCAUAAUUAGACUUGUAUCUUAGAUAUACUAUAGAGUAUACUGUGUAGUUUCUUGUAGUACUCGCUUGGACAUGCGAUGUGGGGAAUUGACGGGUCUAGAAGGCGGCCGUGAUUCAGCGUGUUCUACCUUGGAUCCACCUCUUUAUGGUUACGCAAGCAUCGUGUCCGUGUGCUAUUAAUAGAGAUCUUAGGAUGAUUCACCUACUAGGGUCUGCCUGGGGAAGACUAGGCCAAAGCCAACCAUCAUGAGCCAACCAGAAAUCACCGUUCUCUACUUUGCUGCUGCCUCAACAGCGACUGGCUUGACGGAACAAUCGAUUACCCUCCCUGCCUCGCAAUACCCACUCUCCUCAUUGAGCAGUUUCUUGGUGUCAUUGCAUCCGGACGUCGGCCUAGACAAGAUCCUUCAGUCUAGCCAAUGGAGCGUAAAUGCAGAGAUGGUGGACAACGUUGAAGAAGUGACAUUGAAGGGAGAAGAAGAAGUCGCUAUCAUCUGCCCUGUGUCAGGUGGAUAAGAUCGCCAGAAAUAUCUCUCAGAAGUCUCGUGGUACGUUGCAGGUGAGCAUGCUUCAAAGAUAAGACUAUAAUAUUCUCAUCGUGCUUUUACUUUCAACGUUUCCCCAGGAUGAGCUCAGGCCUGGAAUCAGUACUGGUCUUUUUAGCUGGUGUUCUCUUUGUAUCUUUCUACUCGGUGACACAUCAAAGUCCGUAUUCCAAAUCUCGUUUGAUGAUGGACGAUAUGGAGAAAGGAAUCAGCUUAGACAACAAACGAUUGCCAGCAUUCA